UGUGAUUCCGGUUCCGCUGCCCACACGUGAAGUCAAGGUCGGUGAGUUGGUGCGGUGUCAGUUUAGGCAAGUGUGGUCGUGCUGGGAUGGAUUCCUCCUCUUCGUCUUCCGCGGCUGGUCUGGGCGUCGUAGACCCACAGUUGCAGCAUUUCAUCGAGGUGGAGACUCAGAAGCAGCGUUUCCAGCAGCUGGUACACCAGAUGACUGAACUUUGUUGGGAGAAGUGCAUGGACAAGCCAGGGCCAAAGUUGGACAGUCGGGCCGAGGCCUGUUUUGUGAACUGUGUAGAGCGCUUCAUCGAUACAAGCCAGUUCAUCUUGAAUCGACUGGAGCAGACCCAGAAGUCCAAGCCAGUCUUCUCAGAAAACCUUUCUGACUGAUCUUAGCAUUACCUCUUUAGAAAAGGAAAGUGGUUAAAAGAACUGUUGAUGGGGUGAAGAAAUGUCUGUUGAGAGGACUGGCUAUCCCUUUUUGUCACUCUUGGGACAUCUUAUAAUUUGAGAAUAAAGGAAGACCAGUUUUUGUGUGUGGGGUUUUAGGGUCAUAUAUGUAUUUACUUUUUAAAGAAACUUAUAAUCUUGUAAAAAUAAUUGACAGAUGAGUGAGACAUUAUUAGAUGUAUAUUAUUGUAUGUGGGACUAUGCUUUUCUUAAGGCUCUCUUAACUGCUUCCUGUAAUUUUUCUUUCUGGUACAGGGAAUUGAAUCUCCGCCCCUUCACCCUUCCUGUAAUUUUGAUAGUGAAACUUCAUUCUACAAUUUUGUAGUGGGAUCACGUAGUAGGUAAAAGCUAAUUGUGUGAAUUCGUGUCAGACUUU